UAUUUAUCCACCUCCGUUGUUGGGGCCACGCUUGAAAGCGCAGAAGAUGAAGAGGAGGGAGAAGAAAAUGAACCCGCUGUUGAUCCCACGAGCACAGGGGAAACCUACGAAAUAGUGGGUACUCUUUCUAAUCCAGAGAGUGCUGAUCUACAGUUUGCAAAGGAAACAUAUGCAGUCUCUUCUCGAGAAGAACUCUUAAGCCACUUGCUUGAGUGUGAAAUUGUUUUAUAUAAUAUCACUGAGGAUGUAAGCCAAAUUGAGGAAGCAACAUGGGCUGCUUCUGCCCUACAUAAGGAAAUAGAGACUUUUGCAAAACAAAAGUUAUUCAUCCUCAUUUCAACAAUAAUGACCUGGGCAAAUACCAAACCCUUUGACCCUGAAAAUCCUGAAGCUCCUUUUAUUGAAGAAGAUUUUCGCAAGAGAAGGUCUCAUCCUGCCUUUGUGGAUCACCUAAAUGCUGAAAAACACAUUGCAAAACUGGGGAAAACUAACAAAAAAAAGUUUUCAACUUAUGUUGUUGCCUCAGGACAUCAAUAUGGAGCUGAGGAAGGACUCUUUCACUACUUUUUUAAGAUGUGUUGGCUUGGUGAGACUCCUGCAAUACCUGUUUUUGGAGAUGGCAAGAAUAUUAUUCCAACCAUUCAUGUUCGUGAUUUAGCAAUAGUGUUGCAAAAUGUAGCAGAACUCAAGCCAGCCUUUCAGUACAUACUUGGAGUAGAUUCAUCGAUGCACACGCUUCGAGAAUUAAUAAAGUGUAUCAGUAAAAAUAUUGGACCAGGAAAAAUUGAGAAGGUUCCUAAAGAAAAUGCAUUCCUGAGCAAAGAGCUAACAGUCAGUGAUUUGCUUUCUUUUAUUUCUUCAGGAAAGUAUUUAAACUUAAAACAAAUGCAACUGGAUAUGUUGUUUGUGAACCUGCGAAUGGAAUCUCUUUAUUUGAAAGAGAAUUUCAACAUUAACUGGUUUGCUGAGACAGGACUGAUAGAUAACAUUGCUCAAGUUGUCUUGGAAUACAAGCAAGCUCGAGGAUUACUGCCUCUCAAAGUUUACAUUCACGGUCCUCCCGGCUCUGGCAAAUCUACCAUUGCUAAGGAGCUCUGCAAGCACUACAAGCUACAUUAUGUUAGCACAAAUGAUGCCAUUUCUGAAAAAAUUGCAGAUCUGGAGCAAAUUGUGGCUAAAGAACCUGUCAGGGUGGAAAGUGAAGUAGAAGGAGAAGGAGAAGGAGAAAGAGAAGGAGAAGGAGAAGGAGAAAGGGUUGUAGAGGAGGAGGAGGAGGAAGAGGGUGAAAAUAUAGAAGAAGCAAAGGAUUUCUUAGAUGCAAUAAAAGAAAACAUGCAGCAGAAUAAAGGGAAACUAGGUGAUGAGUAUAUCCUUAAAAUUAUGAAGGACAAGCUCAUGUCCAUGCCUUGUAGGAAUCAGGGAUAUGUUUUAGAUGGGUUCCCAGAGACCUAUGAAGAGGCAAUGGAGCUUUUUAGAGUAGAAGAAGAUGAAGGAGAAGAAGAAGAGGAACAAGCAGCAGGCAAAAUGCCUAAAUUUAAUCAAAUAAUCAUACCUGAAUUUAUUUUUUCUUUGAUGGCAUCUGAUGAAUUCCUUAUAAACAGAAUAAUACAACUUUCAGAGAGUGAAGUUGCUGGAACUCAAUAUACUGAGGAGCAGUUCCUGGAAGCUCUGAAACACUUCCGCAAGAUAAAUGCUGAUGAUGUGACAGUUCUCAACUAUUUUGAUGAACUUGAAAUACAUCCUCAGUUUGUUGAUGUAGCUGUAUAUGAAGAUUUUGAAAACAGACUUGCUGUAUCAAAGAUCAUCAAGGAAGUUGGAGAACCUCGGAAUUAUGGUUUGACAGAUGAAGAAAAGGAGGUUUUGCAACGCCAGGCAGCUGAGGAACAGCUUGCCAAAGAAGCUAAAGAAAAAGCUGAACAAGAGCGUAAAGAAGAUAAGGAAAGGGAAGAAAGAAAGGAGAGAUGGGAAGAGUGGAUUAAACAGCAGGAGGAAGUGAAAAAACAGGAACAAGAGUUAUUGGAGGCCCAGUCUAUUCCACUACGAAAUUAUUUAAUGAAGAAUGUCAUGCCAACACUUAUGCAAGGGAUAAAUGAAUGUUGUAGGAUCAGGCCCGAUGACCCAGUCAAUUUUCUGGCAGAAUAUCUCUUCAAGAACAGUCCUGAUAUCGACUGGAAUAAACGUUAAAUCCUAGCUGCAGCAGGAAUUGUGAAACAAAAAGGGAGAAAAUUCCUAAUACAUUUUAGAUAAAAAAAGACUUAGUUUCUCAUGUUAUUUUUGUUUAGGCUUACUAUGCAAUCUUCAUUUUUAUUUAUCAUACUUUAUUACUAUUUUGUACUGGAUUUUUAAUCCUCUUCUACAACAUUUCCAUUUGCUGUAUGUAUUGAUUGAUACAUUUACACAUCCAUAUAUUAUUUUCCUAAUCCUUAGUGAAUGAAGGCAGCUAGCCUGAGAAAACCUUUUAUUAAAAAAAGUAUUUCUACUGAAAAAGGAAAUAAAUAGAAGCAGCAAACUCUCUUAUUUCCCCUCCCAGUUUGCCAAGAGGCAAAAAUUCACACAAUACAGUCUUCCUGUGCUUCUCUGAAGAUUGACUGGUAAACAGGUUACCAACACAGGUAUGUCAUAAAACCUGUGCUUUACUUUGGUAUCAAACACAUGGCUGUAGAACUGAUUUAAUGAUCUUCAGCAUUCAACACUAGAUAGAUAUUUUUUAGAGAUUCUUGAAGAGUUUCCAGCACAUGGCUGUCCUUCUCAGUUUUGCUGACUUCAUCCAGCUGUCACAGGAACCAUAUCUGUGCUGACUGAGACCGAAGGGAUUGCAUACUUAGUGUAAAACAAAUACAGGAUUUUGUCAAAACAGAAGGCAAGGACCCUUUGUGGAAAGGGAGGGGGGAAAAGUGGAAGAGCUGAAAGAAUAGUGAUAUAGAAACAUUUGACAUUUAUAUUGUCUUUGAGCAUCAGAAUUUUAGAUGUGUUAAUGCCUGAUGUUUUUAUUCAGAUAUAUUAGUGUUUUUGUAGAGUAUCUUAUUUCAUCUGUUUUCAUAGUUAGACAAGUUGGGAAUAGAAUUCAGAACCAAUAUCUCCUACUCUAAAGAAACACAUAUUUUUGCGAUCUAUACGUCCUAUAUGCUGUCAGCCAAAGUCACCAUUUGUCCUGUGAAGCAGUUGAAGAUAAAAUAAUCGGUAGCUUUUGACACUUUUUUUAGUUUGAAAGUGCUAUUUUUCAGAAUAAAGAUGACACUUAAAAAGAGGGGGCAAACAAGGUUUUCGCUAGAGUUACUGUAAUGCAUUGACUUUUCUAACAAUAAAGUUUUGAACUAAUCUA